CCUGUGCCAAAAAUUAUUUUUUUAAAAUCCAAAAAUAAAUUAAAACAAAUUAUGUUAAUUAAUCUAAUUAUUACUUUUGAAUAGAUCUCCACUGUUGUGGCUACUGUCCCUGAAAGAGUGGAUUGUAUGAAUAGUUUGGUCCAUCCUUUGAAGAAUCAAUUAUCUAAUUCUUUUACUUGUACACUUUGAGCCACCGGCUUUUUGACAAUUGGAUUCAUUUGAUGUUGAUGUAAAGAUAACUUGUACUUUUGUGACCUCCGACUUUGUGACACGAAUGUUGAGGAAGUAAAAAGUCACAUGGCAGCGACUGUGAACACACUGUGAAAGCAGGUUAAGCUUGAUUCCUCACCUGAGGCUUGUGUCGCAUGUUUAGUUUUGAUGUUAUGAGUUUGAACUCGGAACACAAAUGCAGUCGACUCAAGUAACGUCGGAUGGGAGCUCAGACAGAAAGAAAGUCAGGUGGAUGGGUCUGCGCUUCGGCGGGAAUCCAACAAUGACCCGGCCGUGCGGCUGCUGAGCCUGAGCGGAGAGACUGGACGAGAGAGGAAUUUCCCUAUGGUGCCUCUGAGAGUUGGAGCUCGACUCAGGAAGGAGCAGUGAAAGGAAGAGCGGGAGGAGGGUCGACUCAACAGAGGGGGGAGGUGGGGCGCUCUGUUGUGGAGCCGUGGAGUGGACACAAGCGAAGACAUGCUUCACUACGGCCCUGGACGAACAUUUUCCAGCACCACUACCACCACUGCGGACUCUCUGAAUGACACGAGCGAGAGAGCAUUCAGGCGCCUAAGGUUGACUCUUCAUACGGGAGAUGAUGCCACCAAAGCCCACAAUCCAGCUCAUUCAGAUAAGAAUGGCUGGAAGAAGCGGAAUGGCGUCGUUCAAAGAGAAAGGCCGGCUGGCAGUGAGUCACCCAAGCAGCACCUGGGUGACAUGACCAAUGGGCAGCCCGAGCCCUCGUUGCAGCAUGGCGGGCCCAAAAUGUACGGCGUAGUGCAGAGGAACAACUCUAGCAGACAACAGGAAGUGAUGGCGCGAGAGUGGACAGUCAGUCACCUUCAUGAUGAAAUGAAGUACAUCAAGGAGGUGAGAGACUCCCUGGAGAAGGUUAGAGAGCGCAUGUACGGGCAGUUUGGAGGAAUGCAGGAAUCUGUGCACAAGCUCUCACAGGAAAUUAAGACGGCCAACUCCCACCGCAGGAGUCUGGAAUCAGAAGUAAGGGUCCGCACAGCCGCCAUGGAGAGAUUUGAUCAAAUGAACAGCUCCCUUAUCUCAUCAAACAUUGGCCUGCAGAAAUCCCUACUAGAGAACUGCCAGAAUCGAGUGGAUACAAGGGACGAGUUGAAAAGUUUGCGCAACACUUGUGAGAGGACACAAGAACAGCUCAGAGACAAGGAGCGGGAGCUGGCGGCCGCACAUGCUGAAAACCAAACGCUCAGACUUGAGGUGGAGUCUACACGGGAGGCCAACAGUAAGGCACUAAUGGAGCUCUCCAAGACGCUCGAAAAGGACUACAAGGAAAAGCUGGAGGAAGAGCGAAGGAAACACAGGAUGGAGAUUGAAAUACUCCAGGCCCAACUGGAUGAAUACAUCAGACGACUAGAAGAAGCUGAGACGAAUCUCAGGAUCGCAGAGGCCAAAAUUGCUGAGCGGGAUCUGAGGAUUGGUGAACUUGAGCGCCUGCUUGACUGCAUGGGAACGGAAAAGAAUCAUCUCCACCAGAAACUGCAGGAAUGCGAACGGCGUCUUCGCUUGUUGGAAAUCAUUGACACAACAGAUGGCGAAGUAGCCAAAAGGUCCAAAGAGCUACAAGGUGAAGCCGGAGAUCUAAGAGAGAGAAUCAAACACUUGAAUGACAUGGUCUUCUGCCAACAGCGGAAGGUCAAAGGAAUGAUUGAAGAGGUGCAAACACUACGAGCCCAAGUUGCCGAGAAGGACAUGUUCAUCUCAGAGCUACUGGACCGAAUCGCUAUUGUGGAAUGUGAGAAUAAUGAAUUAGAAGACAAGCUCAAGUAUUUUAUGUCCACACAGAGUAGUGAAGAAGAGGAUUUGGACUUUGGGAAGACAGGACCAGUCUGCAAUACUCUCCCAAGAGUUGAUGAAGUACCAGGGCAUGAGGGUGAAUCUUCUGUUCUGCAUGAAGCAACUCAUCUUCAUCCUAUUGAACCCCUAUUUGUCAUACCUCCUCCACCCCAAAUUCGACCUCCACCACCCCCAGAGCUCCCAUUACCUUAUGCAUAUGCUUCACUACCUCCUGAACCUUUUUCACCCACUAAGCCUCCGCUAUCCCCACUACCUUCCUCACCUACACCCCCCUCAUCACCCACAUCACCUCCAACUUCUCCCACACCGCCUGCAUCAUCAUCUCCCACACAAGAUUCAACCCUUUCUCCUCUCCACCAUCCUUCCCCCUACCUUACAAUGCCAGCUCAACCGAGGACGUUCAGGUAUAAUAACCCUCCUUCCAGCAGGCUGGAGUCCAGUUUACUUCGCUUCACGCCCGUGGAGUACAGCCGCUUCCUGGAGGACAACCCGACGCCACAGAUUGAAAAGUACUCCACCACCCGAACGGCAUCUGAAUUCCAAAGUUACGAGAGCCUGCCCAUUGACGAGGUGGACGUGGGAAUUGAAUCCGAGACGGCGUAUAAUCAAGACGAAGAUUCCGCCAUGUCCAGGAGACGGAGACCGACGAUCGCUUACCUUGAUACGCCUUUCAUGAAAUUAAUGGAAAUAACUGCAAAUAUUAAAGUAGAGUGAUUGGAGAGGAUGCCACAUUGUUUUUAGGGAUACAACAGUGGACAACCGUUCGAUCGGAGGAGAAGACUUCCAAACUGUGAUGUAGGGAGACUGCAUAAAAAGAAGUGACUACAAUUUUUUAAUUCUCUUAGUGCUACCACACACUUUAAACGUGUUAAUUAAACUUAUUACAACGCUCCCUUGAAGUAUUCAUCAGUUUUAGUGUUGUGCUCAAGAUAGGGUGGCCAUUUCCACAGCACCAAAAAAGGAUGAUACUUUGUGGCAUUUAGUGAGGAAAGAAAAUCAUCCAACAAUACAAUUUUCUACAUGGUUAAAAGGUAGUUUACGGUGAUUCUUGUUCAUUACUAUCAUAAACCGUAACAUGAUGAAGGCCUAUGUAUGAAAGAAUAGGAACUUUAUUUUGUUUUUUUGGGAGAAGGUGGACAUUAUUUGUUCACAGUUUUUAUUUGUUUUAAACGUUUGUUUCAGGUGAAUGAACGUUUGUAUAUUUGCCCCUCUCGGUGAAAAUGGAUUGGAUGUCCCGUGCCGUCAAUAGCAGCCAGAAAGUCAUCUAUAAUGGGUUAAAAAACUUGAUCCCUGCCUAAAAGGGUUUAAUGUGCAAACUUAAUUUGCAUACAAUAAAUAACAAUAAAUAACAAAAACAAUACAAAUCAUAGUUCUUUAUUGAAGUUUUAUGUAAGUUUGAAAAACAUACUAGUUAUAGGUGCAUAUAAAAAAAAAAAAAGAUGUUUAAAACACACUGAUGUGACGCAAGAGUAUUUUUUAUAUCGCGCAGAAAAAAUAUUUCAUGGUAAACACAAUAGAGGAAGUCGGCGUGAUGUCAAUUAUGUCUCGCUUAGCAACGUGUCGCCAUUUUGAGAAGGGGGCACGCACAGCUAAACAUUCCGUACACAAACGUCUGGAAUUCCUAUAUUUCAGGUGUGUUUUGCGUCUUUUUUCAAAACGUCUUAAACAUGGCUUACUAUUAUCACGAGUCACUGCCGACAGACGCGAGGAGCCGAUACAACUUAAAAUUAGCAUGUAUUGGCCUGCAAAUCUGCCCAUACAAAGUCGCAGCUGAUAGCUGGAUAAACAAUCCAAAGGAAUUGCCUGCAGUGGAGUUCGGAAAUAUCUACAACUACCUCAAUAAGUCACCCAGUAAGUUGACCUUUAUCAAUUACGUGGAAUAUGUUCUUUGUGGAACUCAGAAAACUGGCAGUAUACACGGAGUGAUUAUUUCUGCCGUAACCGGUAAUUCGCCUCCAAGCUUUAUUUAGAUGUGAACACGUCACGGCAAAAUAACCAAUUUCCACCAGUCCAAUAAUAUACCGAUUGACCGAUCAGAGCAGUUCACGGCAAAAGAAAAAUAACGCUUUGCGAGUUGUCGGUUCAGGUAAUAAUAACCACUGCCUAGUCUAUUGAAUCCUAGCAACUAAUUGGGGCAUAAAAAAUCGAUUAAAGUUUACUCACCAGUAAUAAAAUGUCGGCUGCAAACGUAAAUGUGCUUGGAUUUAGGUUCCCACAGGCGAGAAUAGUCCACGGAACCGUCUUCUUUUAUUGUUCCUCAAUUAAAUGCUUUCAGCCAUUAAUUCUCUUCCUCUCACGAGGAAGAAUAAACAACUUCAAAUGCGGCUCCGAACUCUUCCUUGUGUGACAACCCACAACACAGCAACUUUUAGUCGUUCCGAUGGAAAAAAGACCGCAAAUAAGACGAAAGUUCAAUGCGUUUGUAUUACAAUGCACGACAGAGCAACUGCUUGUGACUCGUCUUUUGCCCCUAUUUCAAUAUGGUGACGCUUUGUUGUGGCUGGUGAGGUCAUUAAUGUCCGACUGCGAGAAUACAAAACACAAAAGAAUCCAGUACUAGCAGCUAGCCGCUAUCAUGCUAAGACGGACAAAACAAUUGAAUGCAUCAAUUUGCUUUUGUUAUUAGAAGUUGGCAACGGGAAAUGUGGUAGUUGUGUCUCCAAGUUUAGUAUACCAUAUCAGAUUUUGUGGUAAAAUAGCUCUUUGAAGAGCUAAGUGUUUACCAUUGCCUACCUGUAGCUGCUCUUCAAUGCAUCGAGCAAACAUUGGAGCGUGUUGCGUUCAGGUGCAACUCCAAAAGGGAGGACGAUAAGAUGUCCUGCUAGGACUGUCCUGCAGAGAUGAGGAUGUAUGGCCACCCUACUUUUGACCCACACUGUAAGCUUUUGUGCUAAGCUAACUGCUAGCUUCUAAGUAAGUUUACUUUAAGUUCUUCUUUUUUUAUCCUCUUGACUUUGUCCCACUUCAUGAAAAUAUGAUUUUAGCUGAUGGUUACACAAAGUACUAUACUAUGAAGUUACAUACAGUGGGUGUAUAUAGUCAUACAGUCAUAUAUGUAAAUAACAAUUUGAAAGACGUGAUGAUUUGCGUGUUUACAAUAAAUGCAGCCUAUAUGACUUAGUUGCAAUCUGGAGGAACAGCUAAAAGUGAAGCAUUUUUUAACGUGUAUAUUUUCUCAUAAAUCUAUCUAUAUUGGCUAAGUAUGAGGACAUAAAAAGUUUUUUUUGUUUUCACAUUAUGUACAAGAUAUUUAUUUACAUGUGACGUGCCUUUGGGUGAUGGGAGAAAUGCAUAUCAAAAAUGACAUAACAUGCAACUGUAUAUGUUUGAGAUCAAUUUGUUGGUAAUAAUCAUCAAUUACAAGAUCCUGUAACACUGCCACACAUAAAUUGAAAUUGAAGCUGUGACAAACAAUAGAUUCCAUCAUACUUUGGAGGUCAGACCAGGCUCCUAUUGAUGAUUAAAGACCAACCUGCAAGUAACCUCAUACUCAUUGCACCAGUGGCUAUAAAGUAAAUUGUCUCAACAUUACCUAUAUGGACUCCUUUUUGACUACACUCAUGCUCAAUUUUAAAAUACAUUUUGAAUACAUUUUGAAUUGUGUGUUUAAUUGGGUGCGAGCACGUAUGAUAAGACAUACUGUAUGUCCUACUGUCCUAACAUCCUGUCAGACUAUAUUCUGUAUUACGUUUUGCUUUUAUAUUUUACAUAUGUAUAUAAAUAUACUAUAUAUAUGGUUUAAAACACUCAGGUGACUUGAAGUUCCGCUCUGAGACCCCCAAUUUGGCCAAAUUUCAAAAUUGUCCUAUAUGCAUGUGUGAUACAUCAUUGGAAAGCUUGAAAUCUCAAUUUUCUGGAGAAAUAAAAAUUUUGAACAGGAGCGCAUUUUAAAAAAACAAAAAAAAUUUUUUUUAAACGGAAAAACCCUAUCUGGAGGUAAGAGCACGGGAGAGCAGAAUUACAGACGCCAUGACUUUAACAAGAUUUUCGCGCACAUACCUUGUUUCGAUCCAGAAACUCCAUGUAGCAUGUAUCACUGAGUGUCAAGACACAGCUGUGAAUGGCCACAGCUGGAUUUUUCGGGGAUUUUAUGGGUGAAACAUGUUAAUAUAACAAUGGUCACGAUGCAGAAAUCGGGAGUGGUUGAGAUUUUGUUUUUCAUAUAUUUACCUUUUUAAAAAAUGUUUUCCCCCAAUUUUUCUUUGGAUUCAUUAUUUAUCAUCUAACUUACCAGAGAAAAUACGACAGUAACAAAAAAAAAAAAAAAAAAAAAAAUACAAUUUAGCGAAAGUUAUGAGGUAGAUAUCCUUGACUUUUUUACAGACACCAUUUUUUUCAUUGUGACGUCAUUUGUUUAAAAGUUUAAAAUAUGCGAGUGAAUAAUUUUUUAAAGUUGUUUUUUUUUUUAAAUGAAAUUACACGUCAAUUAAUGAUUCUAAGCUAAAAAUGA